GACUAUUGUUGAUUGCUUGGGUGCUGAAAAGUAGUCCGCCAACAUUUCCGUGGCCAGUGAAAGUUGAAAUUUGUCUUGAGGGAAAUCAAGAAAUGAAAAUGGUUUGACAUACAACGAAAUUUGGUUACACUUUUUAAAAGCAGCUGUAUUGAGACGUUUUCUAAAAAAUACCAGAUUGUUAUAGUGCGAUGGCUAAUUGCUUGUUAGUAAUCAGAUUUUGUAUCGGUAGGGAUUACAAUCCCAAAACUGCAGGAUAUUUUCCUUCCAUCACUCGAUUGCCAGCUGACUACAUCAGUUAUUAAACAAGAUGCUCAAAAUUUUAUAGCCAGUGGAAAUUUAGUUCGAGUCUCCAGAGAAAUAGAAAAACCCUAAAGGGCUUGAUUAUUAUGGAAUUCGGUUAAACUUCGUACCCCGGCCCUGUCCCUACACUGUGAUAAAUUGUCGUGAAACUUACCUAACUAUCGCCACAAGUGUUAAACAGCUCGAAUGAAUUAUUAAGAGGAUGUUUUCACCUUUAGAACAACGUCUUAUUGACAUUAUUCUCCCACAAUGAUAGAGAAACUGAGCACAUUCAUCACCUUGCUGGUAAGUGCAAACAUUGUAUAUAGUAAAAUAAGACUUAAGAUUGGGUUGAUUAUUGCCAUUUAAGGAUUACUUUUAUUUCAAUGAUUGCAAGUCUACGGACGUUCAACAAAAUCGAAACGCUUUGUAUUUCGGAUGAUCCAAAGAUACCAAUAAUUACGUAAUUAUCUGAGAAUAUACACUGAAGGUAUUUGGGGUUGAUCCAUUUAAAAACAAGUGCAUUAAGCGGAAAUCUCAGGCUUCUUAUACACAUAUAAAAAAAGAGUUCAUUAGGUUGAGAAAAUGUGCUUUACUCAGCUACAUCUCUGUUAUUGUUCUCAUUUAAAAUUGGGAAACAGAAUUUAAAACAUUUAAAAACAAACGUUAUACCCCCACUAGGUAUUUUGCUAGGGUGACAGAAACUUUAAACAGCGAGAUCACUAGAUCACUAGAGAAAGAAGAUCUUGUAGUACUAACUCCAUGUACAAUGGAUUGCAAGAGACCUUGGAAAUUAACCAUUUUGGAAAUCAAUGUUUUUAGUCUUUACCACGAAUUAAUUUAUUAUUUUGCAAACAAAAAAACAAACAAAAGACAGGCGUACUCAUCAUGGUUUUAGUUUCCUUCAUUCUCGUGAUGAUCCCGGUUCCUAAAACUUCUUGGUUCCUAGACAGUUCCUUCACAGUUCCUAAUGGCAAGGGGGGUAAUUUUCAAAAACAAAAUAAAAUAACACCUCACAGUUAUUUUCUAAAGCAUUUUUGGCGAUUUAGGGGAUUUAGACCAAGCUUCUAUUUGCAUACUAAAGUAGGACUGAAUUAGUUUGGAAUCCCUGUAUGAUCGUGGGGUCCUAAAACUUCUUGGUUCCUAUACAUUCCUAGUCGGUUCCUACUCAGUUAAAAUCGUUUCCUACUCAGUUCCUAAAUGGCUGAUUGGUCAAAGUUGUUCAGCAUGGCCCGCUUUCUGUGUCCUCACUGUAAGGAGUGUUGGAAAUAAGUCAACAUUGUUUUCUAAAGCAGUUUUUGCGCGAUUUAGCGUCUUUAGACCAAGUUUCUAUUUGAAUACUGAAACAGUAGGAACUGAAUAACGUGUCGUUACGUAAUUUGAAAUCUUACUACUAGGAACCGGACAAUCAAAGCAAAAAUGCACGAGAAGAGCUCGGGAAUUAAGGUUCAAGUAAUCAAUUAGCUUAGCACCAAUGGCUACAUCGGAGAUUAUGCUGUCAAUCAUUCUGCUGCUAUGGCGAUACGUCAAUGGGGAUGUUUGCGAUCGCUUUUUCGAAAUACCAAAUUCCAAGCUACAGGGUCACGUGAUUGAGACAAUAACUACAACCGAGAAAGAUUGUCGAGAGAUAUGCAGGCGCAACAGCGCUUGUGACUCGAUCAACUACAUCCGUAAAAAGUCGCAAUGUGAGUUGAAUGGUGAUACCCACUUUUCGUUCCCUGAACAUUUCAUAUCUGGCGCAGCGCCUGGCGCAUACUACGCUACUUUGAAUCCAGUGACCAGCUGUAGUAGCUUGUACUGCGGCAGUGGUAUGGCAUGCAAGAUGCGAGAAGACGGAAAGACACACAAGUGUGAAAAAGGAAUAACUUAUAAGUCCAUUGGAUGCUAUGUAGAUGCCAAGGACCGUGCUAUUGAGGGAUUUUUCGUAGAGAAAGUUACACGGGAAUAGGAAUAUUGCUUUAAACUGGCUGUGAGUCGUGGGUACAGAGUAUUCGCAAUGCAGAACCGCAGACAGUGCUUCACUGGCGCCAACGCACACAAUACCUAUUCCAAGUAUGGUAGCGGAUCAGGUUGUUCUUGGGGUACCGGGGGAAGAUGGCGUAAUGAUGUUUACCAUAUAAACUACUGAAUCUGUGUUAGAAAGAUUGCUAAUACCAAAUUACAGUUAAACUACCGAACAUUUAUAUUGAAAAUAAAAAAACAUUUACACCGUUUUUUAGCUAGAUACUAUAAUGUGUAUUGAAAUUCUGAUAUAUAUAGUCAGCACGUCUCUGUCUAUGGCUGCUUAGCUAUCUCUCUUUGAAACUCUCUGAGCGAUGAUGAUCUUUUAUUAUCUGAUGAGAGGCUGUUCCACAGCACUACACCACUAUAUUUAAAGCUUCGCUUUAGAAAGUUUGUUUUAGGCCUAGGAAGUGCCAGGUCAGUGACAUUGUUCCUUAACCCGUACUUUCUAUUUUGAUCAUCGAAGGGAAUAAAACUUGAUCUAAGA